ACAGCUCUCUUUAUCUCCUUUGUCGGCUGAAAAUCUGACUUCGAAGUUUGGAAUCAACUCCAGGUCGUCUUCUUCUUCUUCUUUGUCUUUCACGCUCAUGUUCUGCUAGUGCUGAUAAUGGUUUCAAAAUAUCUUUUUUAAUACGAUUUUAUCUGUUUUUACUCUGAAAAAUUCUUGAGUAAGUUCAUCACUGUAUUGGGUUCUUUAAUUAUUUUCUUGGAAAGAUACACGCGACAAGUGCAUCCAUUGUUCUGUUUUUGAUUAGGGAAGACGGUACCCUGUUGGGUACUCUGUUUUUCUUUGGGGUUGCUGAAUAAAAAUUGGAUUUUUUUUUGGGUGCAGUCAACUUAGUGAAGGAGGAAGGUUGAGACGUUCGUAUGGGUGCUUUUUGCUCUUGUUUUCAUGUUGAGGAUUUUGAAGAUGAAGAAAACAGAUCGACUGACAGACAUUGCAUGUGUUUCAGUUCCUACUUAUUUUACGAGGUGGCUACUUCUACUACUGCAGCAACACUUGACAACACUCUGGUUGAUGCUAAUGGGUCUCUUCCUUCGAGAUCAUUGCCAUAUAAUACCAACUAUCCUGAUUUGCAAUGCGAAGAACAUGACAGUACGCAUCAGAAAGGCACAAGUCAUUCACACGAGUAUUCAGAUGCACAUAGAAUAAACAGUGUUCAUAUAGGUCCACAAAUAUUCAGUGGAGUAGAAAUGCAGAAUGCUUCUUAUUGUGGGAAGAAAAUCAAAGCUUGUAAUUCAGAGUCCUCAGUGAAACUCCUAUUAGCGAAAGUGGGAAUUGAAGUUGGAGAUCUUUAUUCCUCAUCAGAAGACGAGGAUGUUUGUCCCAUAUGUCUCGAAGGAUAUACCCAUGAAAAUCCAGAAAUUGUUUUACAAUGUUCUCACCAUUACCACCUUGGUUGCGCAUAUGAAUGGAUGGAGAGAAGCCCAUGUUGUCCAAUCUGUGACAAGGUGAUGAUAUUUGAGGAGACACCCCAAAAUGCUUCUGACCUUAGCAGUGAAGAUGUUCUGCAAGCAUGAAGUGAAGAAAUGGAAACUACUAAAAUUUUGGAAUGGCACGAGUGAAAAGGUUUUGUUCAACAAAAUAUAAGUGUAAAAAGAAUUUGGAACCACAGUUUUGAGAAGAAGCAACGUCUCCCUCAUUUU